AUGAAAAUGAUUGAAGUCUUGAUAUUGAAGAUUGAAGACCCAGGGUGCUUUUGGGUCAUUGUAAAAGGAUGCAGGACUUUUGUAGACAGUGAAAUGGAAUAUAAAAAACUGCAUGCUGAAAUGAAUCAGUUCUAUAACAGAGAUGUGGAGGAAGUAAAGCCAUUAACAUUAGAAGAAGGGCAGGUUUGUGUGGUUUUUUGUCAGGAACUGAAAUGCUGGUGUAGAGCAGUUGUUAAGUCAAUCCUGUUCUGUGCUGAUCAUUACCUGGCAGAGUGUUUCCUUGUGGAUUACGCCAAGUAUACUCCUGUUAAAACAAAAGACCUUCGGGUUGCAGUGGAAGCAUUUAUGCAACUCCCAUAUAGAGCGAAAAAGUUUAGACUGUACUGCACAAAGCCAGUCACGUUGCGUAUAGAUUUCUGUGAAGACGCUUCAGAAAUAGUACCUGCAAAGAGAUGGGACAGUGCUGCUAUUCAGUACUUUCAGAACCUUCUAAAAGGAACCACCCAGAUUGAGGCAAAGUUAUGUGCUAUAGAAGAUGACAAUUUUGAUGUUUAUCUUUACGUAACAAUAAAAGAUGAAAAGAUCUGUGUUAAUGAUGAUCUCGUUGCAAAGAACUUUGCUUGUUAUGUGAUGACUAAAGAAAACAAAGUUAAUUCUGCCAAAAGUCAAAAGCCAUGGUCCUCAUUAAGUCUGAAGUCUUCUCCAGAGAAAGUGAUCAGUCCUGCACUUGCUCUUUGGCCAAUGUUAAUGCAGGGGAAGGUACACAAUAAUCUUGAAACAAGUGAUGAUGCUUCUAAUUCUUUUCUUGAAAAGACAUGCAGAAAAAUUGCUGCACCUGCUCUUAAUGGAAAAACUGAGUCUACUGUCAGAGCAACUGUGGGUUUCUCUUUGAAGGAAAAUAUAAAUAUUUCUGCACAGCCUACUGUGCGGGUAAACAGGCUCCUGCAGUUUUUGAAUCCUGAUUCUUUGAAAACUGAUGAUAUUCAUUAUGAACAGCAGGAGUUUCAAAAGAUUAAUACAGCACAAUCUCCCAUUGUUCUCAGCAACAAAAUAGAGCCAAGAUCAGUUCUUGAAACAACACCACUUUUGGUAGAUCUGAAAAAGGAGCUUCUCCGAAAUAAAUUUCUAGGUCCUAAUCUCACGGAAUCUUACUGUUGGCCACCAAUAGCUCGUGGAUGUGACUCAGUUGUCAUUUCUCAUCAUGGAAAUGAUCCUCUUUUGUAUAUUCCACCAGUUCUUACAUUUUUACAAUCAGGAAGCUGCUACAAGUCACUGCCAACUAGGAAUGGACCAAUAGCAUUAAUCAUAUGUCCUGGGUGGAGGAAAGCACAACUUGUUUUUGAAUUAUUGGAAAAAUAUGGCAGAUGCUCCAGACCACUUCAUCCAAUGUUGAUAUUAUUAGGACUGAAUAAAGAAGAAGCCAAAAAUGUGAAACUUCAACGAGGAUGUGAAGUGAUUGUAACUACACCACACAGCCUUUUGAGACUGCUUGAACACCAUAGCUUAUUCUUUCUUAGACUUUGUCAUCUUGUUUUUGAUGAGGUUGAUAACUUGUUCUCUGAAGCUAGCAAACAAAUACUUACUAUAUUAGAGUAUUACAAGAAAACAAUUACUGUUGAAGAGCGGGAAUCGGCACCACAUCAAAUUGUUGCUGUUGGAAGUCAUUGGAGUAAACAUCUAGAACAUUUAACAAAAGAGUUCAUGAAUGAUCCUUACAUUGUGAUAACAGCUAUGGAAGAAGCUUCCAUAUAUGGAAAUGUGCAACAGGUGGUGCAACUUUGCUUGAACUGUGAGAGAACCUCUGUAUUACUCCAGAUACUGGAUUUUACUCCCAGUAAAGCUCAAAAGACCCUGAUUUUCACUAAUUCUGUGGAUGAAACAGAAAUGGUCUAUAAGGCAGUGGAGAGUAGUUCCAUAUUCUGCUUGAAAGUACACAAAGAAAUUGAAUUUCAUUUCAAAUAUGCUGUAGAGCAAUGGAAAAAAAUUUUUAGUUCUGGCACCCAUGUUGUGUUAGUUUUAACUGAUGACUGCAUGCCGUCCUUGGGAAUUACUGAUGCAACUUGUGUGGUUCAUUUUAGUUUUCCUGCUUCUCCAAGAGUCUUUGGUGUGCGCUUACACAGCAUGUCUGAUAACUUCCAGAAUGUACUAGAAAAGGGUUCCUCUGUAGAUCAAGUAUAUACAAAGGCAAAAUCAAUCUUAUUGCUGACAGAAAGAAAUGGAUGCCAUGCAGUUGGUGUACUACGUUAUUUAGAACACACAGAUGCUAAAAUUCCACCGGAACUGUGUGACUUUACAGCGGGGGUGCUUGAGGCUAAAGAAGAUAUAAAACUUGCAAGGCCUCUUUGUCAGUACCUUAAAAGAUCUGGUGUUUGCAAGGAUAUGAGAAUAUGUCCAGAUCGUCAUAGAGUUCACUUACAAAUAGACUUAUCCCAAGAGAUGUCAGAUAACACUAUACCAAUGGCUGGAUGUGUCACAAUAGUACCCCUCCACAUUGUGGAUGCAACAAACUACUUCGGUCGCAUAAUAGAUAAACAAAAGGAUCAAUAUGCAAUUCUUGUUGGAGAGAUGAUUGAGUAUUUUAAGAAAGCCAGGAAUAAAGUGUCCGUUGAAAUGGUGGAGAAACUAGCACUGUAUGGAUUAUGUGAAGAAGGUCUUUUUCACAGGGUUCAAGUGUUGGAGAUACCCCCAAAAGAAGAAAAUGGUUUCUUCUGCAAUGUUAUUAUCAGGUAUAUAGAUGAAGGCAGAACUGGUCAAGUUCAGGUUCAUCAGCUGUUUCACUUACCUACAAGAUUUCAAAUUUUGCCCCCGCAGGCUGUGGAAUUUAUUGUUUGUAGGGUGAAACCUAUUGAUAAUGAAAUCGAAUGGAACCCUAAGGUUACUAGAUAUAUUCAUCACAAAAUUAGAGGAAAACUUCAUGAAGCAAAAAUAGUGCUUGCCUUGGGAAAUACAAUUUGGGUUGAUCCAAUGGUCCGGGUCACCAAGCUUUCAGAGUUGAAGACUUCUAUCAAUGAAUACAAUAUUCGAUCUGAGAUUUUGUCUAUGGGAAUGGGAAUUGACAAUCCAGAACAUAUAAAACAACUUCAAAAGUUGUGUAAACAUGCAAAAACGUUAGCUCUUGAAGAGAAAACCUUGCAAACUUCAAGUGUGCCGGAGCAGGAUGCGGACAGCCCGCAGAGUGUGCCGGAGCAGGAUGUUGCCAGUCCACAUAGCUUAUUAAUGGGAGAAAAUUUUACAGACAUUUGCAAUAGCUCUCAAAUGACUUUGGAAAAUCAUCAGUGUGAUACUAUAUCUGAACUUAAGAAAGCAGAAGGAUCUACACAGCAUCAUCGUAAAUGUUUCUAUCCAGAAAUAAAAUGGUUUCAAAAGGAAGAUAUUGUUACCAUGAAGAUAAAAUUAAGAAAUAUACGUGACCAUAAAUGUGAAUUUUUUGGAGACAAGGUUAUUUUCAGUGCUUUUUCAGGAGACAAAUUUUAUGUGGCUGACAUGGAGUUGCAUGCAAACAUACUUAAAGGAAAGUCUGUUUGUGAGAUUAAGAAUGAAGAACCUGUGAUUAUCCUUGCAAAAGACAAGAAGGAAUUUUGGUGCCGUCUACUAAAGCAUAAGAAUCCUAAUGUGUCUUUUGAUUUUGAACACUGGGAAGAUUUUGAAGAUAAAAGCCCCUUUCCUGUUGGUGCACAAAAAGCAUAUCAUUCUUCUGCACUGAUAACAGAAGAAAUGGAAGAAUCCUCAGAAGAUAGUGGAACAGAGAGUGAUGACUAG